GUUUCAUGCACCUAAAUAUGAACCAAUAUGAAUGUAGCCAAGCAAUACUUCGGAAACUUUGGAGUUCUCCAAGAAUCAGGAAUUAUUUCACAAAGUUCCUUAUCUAGUCCCUAUGACGUAGCUGAAGGCCAAAACGGAACCAGAUUGAAUUGGUAUUGUCCACUAACUCAGAAACUUGACAUUACAUCGAAUCCGAUAUCUUCCAGGACUUUUGCUCCCGAUAAUGUGCAGUCGUUUGGCCUCAGCUUUUACGAAAGUUCGAACGAUUUGUGUUCCUUAAGCGAACCAGAUCAAUACAACACGUGUCACAGUUUCGAUGACUUGUGUUUAAAACCGACGGUCAUAAGAGACGUGGACAAUAACAAUCUAAGUGACGACACGUCGACAAACAACAACAACAAUCGACAAAUCGGAAGCCGCAGGACAAACCGCGGAAAACGAAAAGGACCCGUUAGAGAUCGUCCUCCGUCUCCGUCGGUCGUCCGUAAGCGUCGUCUAGCGGCCAACGCUAGAGAAAGAAGGAGAAUGAAUGGCCUUAACGAGGCCUUUGAUCGCUUACGUCAAGUCAUUCCUAGUCUGGACGCGGACCACAAAUUAAGUAAAUUUGAAACGCUACAGAUGGCCCAAACUUACAUAAUCGCAUUAAGGGAACUCUUACAAAUGGAUGAUUUAAAUAGAUGACUCGGACGUUUUUCUAGUGUUAUUACUUUGUUGGUCCUAUCGUCCUUAUUACACUUAUUAGAUAAGAAGUUGUAAGAUUUUAUUCUGAAAAUUUAUUUUGCAUUAUAAGUACCUACUUGCAUAUUUUACUCGACAUGAUACCUUAGAAAUUUAUAAUUGUUUAUUAAAGAUGAGUUAAUGAUGUUUUACGAAGUACCAGCUUUAAAAUAACAAUUAAUAACAAUGGUUUAUAAAAAUAUUUGUCCCCAAAUUAUUAUUAAUUUUCUGUAAAAACAAAAGUUCCAUCUCCAUGUCCUCAAAUUAUUAUUAAUUUUCUGUAAAAACAAAAGUUCGAUGUCCAUGUUAGAAUAUAACUAUUUCUAAUAAGAGAUCAAACCUUUCUUUAUACGUUAGAUUAGAAAUAUCUGUGUGCCUUAACCAUGCCUCAUAAUAUGCGAUAUUUCAUAUAACAGGGUUUGAAAAUUUUUGUAAAUUUUGAUUUUAUGUAA